UAAUUUAUUGAAAUGUUUUUGGUUGUUUUCUCUCUUUUCUCUCUCAAAUUUUAUUCCUGAGAUACUAUUUGCAUUAGGGUUGUCAAUAAGUUCCGGUUCAGAAUUGGUAAUUCUUUUCGUAGCUUAUCGAUUUUUCUGAAAUUAUGGGAAUUUAAGUUACCAACCAUGAUCUUUCAAUUGAUAGUAAUUUCAAAAAAUAUUGAACACCACAAGUAUCCGUGCCCCUGUUGUGCACUUUUCACACACCUAUAUAGACAGGUACGUAGGUAUGAAGUUGUGCCUACCUUAUUUGUAAGCUUGCCUACCUUCUUUAUGAGCUUUUAUUCUGUAAAAUAUUCCCAUGUUCCCACUUAAAAGUCCUACUACUUUCCGGUUGUGAAGCUCUACAUAUAUCCGAGCACAUUUAACCGGGAUUUGGGCUGACAAAACUUUACACAUUCUGCAAAACGGACUAGAAAUAUGAAACCGGAUUAGGCAUUUAUUUUUAUACGGUCAGGGUUUUUAAAAUUUCAAAAGUUUAUACUUUGAUUUCCAGAAUAGUACUCACAAUUUGUUUUUUUUUUUUGUUAAAGGACGAUCCGUUCUUCAAGUGCUAUGCACUGCGGAUCUGGGAUUCAGGUACACUGCCUGGUGGUGAUCCCUCUGGGCUGUAAUUUAAGCCACGUCCUAGCCGGGGACUGUGGUCGAUAAUCCAGUCGUGGAUUGCUCCACUUCCCAAUAGAGGCUGGGUGAACCUAGGGGUUGAGGCCGGACUUGAACUCGUGACCUCCAGACUGCUAGCGGCCACCACUACCGACUGAGCUAUCUGCCCCCCAAGUUAAAAAAAAUAUUUUCAAAAAAGGCAAAAAAAAAAUUUCAGGUACAUAUCUAUCGGUGCACGAUUUUCCAAAACCAUUAAAAAUUUCAACCAAUAUAACAGACAAUGAGUACAAUCUAUUGGAAGUGAAAACGUGGAUCAGAAAGGGAUAAAAGUUAUAUCUUAGAAAUAUCUAAAGGACCAAAAACGGGAACAACUUUUGAGAUCGAGGUACAUUUAUAAUUUUUUAAAUUGAGUAAAUUUCAUCCAUUAGUUCAUUUGUAAUACAUGGCUCUCAAGAAUUAUCAAAAAAUCAAGAAUUAUCAAAAAAUCAAGAAUUAUCAAAAAAUCAAGAAUUAUCAAAAAAACAAGAAUUAUCAAAAAAUAGCGCUACGCGCUGUGCGUCGAAAAUAAAAAUUUCAAUACAAAAUUUUAUUCAGUUUCACUUUCCUCUCUACUUCAGAGUUUUAACCAUACUCUUGCUCCCCUUCCCCGGCUCGGCAGUCGUGAUCGAAUCAGCCAUGAUCUUAUGAUAAGAUACGGACUCGUCGCGGAACUUGAGGACACAAUCAGUAUGUUUCGCAUUCUGUUGGGAGAUUGAGAUCGUGAUGAAAUCAAUCAAUUUGGUACGACAAUCGGUCAUUCAAGUCUGAGCAUUUGUUGUAGCUGUUUCAGCAUCUUCAGUUUUUCCCUUAUCCUGCAGAACAACGGCUUUGUUGUAUCUAUCAACAGAUUCCGUAUAGACUGAAAAUACUGGGUUUUUCAAUGAAUUUGAAAACCUGAAUAAAGUACCUUUCUUCAAUCUGACGUACUUCCAGUGAACUUAAACUUGGUAAGUAGCUUGAGGUUUUCCAACUGCGUCCGAACCUUCUUCUCAUGCUCCGAAUCCAGUGUGAAAAGCGCUUUGAUAGCUGGCUCCAAACUCUCGUAUUUUGUCUUAUCUCUUUCCUGAUUCGCAACGAUUUCAUAGGCCUUCAAGUAAUACCCGGCAUAGCGAUAGUGUGGCUCCGUUCUUACUCCGGUUACCAGUUGCUUCGAAGUGACCGCAUUUUCGACGAGUAUGUACAUGAGCGCUUGAUGAAGGCGAUCAUAGCAGGAUUUGUAAGACUCCACGCGGUCACACCUUUUCUUCACAUCCUCGGAGAGCUUCUCUUGUUGUCGCUUUUUACGCUUUAGAAUUGACGAGAUGAUUCUUCCUGUAAAAAUGUUAGUUAGGUUUAUUUUUAAUUGUUAUAACGAUUCAAUGAAAUAAAAACUUUCGAAAAGAUGGUUUGGCGUCCGGAUAACCAAAUUUCUCAGAGGAGAGAAAUUGUAUCAAGGCAAGAAAACAGCAGAUACAGGCAGAUACGUGGGCACCGGCAGGCACGAAAGCGAAAAUGUAGAAAUGGUGGAGGUAUGUAGGCAGGCAAGCAUGAUUAGGCGCCUCUUCAAGCAGGUAUGUGCCUACCCGUUAGUUUACAUGGUCGUAUAUCAUGGGCGGUCUGUCAACUAGCUAUACUAUACCUGCCUACAUAUCCGCGUGCCUACUCUUACCUACAUACUUGUUUUCUGAGAACCUUUUCACCUACCUGCCUACACGCAUACUACUCUGCCUGCUGCAUUCAGACAAUUUUUCAAACUCACAGCUAAUCCAUAAAAUGAUCAAAAGUGAGAGGUCAAAAGUUCAUUAAAUUUAGUAAUUAAGAAAUUUUUUCCCACGUGAUUUAUUGGUUUAAAGUAAAUUUGCAAUCAUUUCUACGUUAAACGAUGGCAAAAGAUAGUACAAAAAGUACCGAUGAAAGUCCAAUUCCUCAGGGUGGAUUCUAUGGAUUAGCUGAUCAUCCAAAUCAUGGGCUUAUUGCAUCGAUUUUGAAGAGGAAACGCCGCAAAAUCAAGAUGACAGAAGACGUAAAGAAGAUGUGCGGGAAGGUUGAAGCUUACAAGACAUGCUCCGACAAGCUCCAUCAGGCACUAUUGUUCAUGCUCGUCGAGAGUCCAGAAAUUUCAAAGGAUUUGGUGACUCACUUCAAAACUGAACCAAAUUAUCGUUAUGCUGGAAAAUAUCUCAAAACUUAUGAGGCAAUUGCAAAUAAGGGACGGGAUAAGACAAAGUAUGAGAGCUUGGAGCCAGCGAUUAGUACGCUUUCUCUGUUGGAUGCAGAACGCGAAUCUCGUGUUCGCAAGCAGUUGGACAAUUUGAAGCCGCUGACAAAAUUCAUUGGAGAAGACUAUUGGGAGUACGCACGGUUGAGGAGAGUGUACUGGGAUGGCCUGGAAGCCUAUGACGAUGCGCUGACCCAACAGAGCAAAGAUCGCACUGAGGAAGCCGAGCGAAUCACUGUCAACGCUCAAAAUUGGAGAAAUGAUUGUCGCCAGAAACUGAUGGAUUUCAUCAAAAACGGGAUUUUCGAUCAGAGACCAAAGCAUUGUGAUGCUAUUCUGAAAUUCCGUGAUGAAGCCAUCCUCUCCCAUCGCGCCAUGUCCGACCCACAACAAUCAGCCGAGGCUCUGAAGACUGCUGUGAAACCCCUAAAAUAGAUCUUUGAGUUCUUUCCAAUAAUGUUUAAUAAAUAUUAAAUAAGUAAACCAUGUUCUUGAUUAUUUUUUUCCACAUCAAUAAAAAAUGUUUAAUCUCCU